AUGGCUUCCGACCCUCCCGGCCCCGGCGACGGCGCCGGCGGGGAGGAGCCGACGCCGGGACCUGCCCCCGCCGUGGAGGCGCCGGCUGCUCCCGCCGUUCCGCCCAGGUCGCGCUGGGCCGCGGAGAUCAAGGUCUACACCCGUAAGCACCCCCGCAAAAACCCUAAACCUCCUCCUCCAGAACCAGCUCCCGCCCCAUCCCCAUCCCCAUCCCCAUCCCCUGCCCCUGCCCCUGCCCCUGCUGCCCCUGCCCCUGCCCCUGCCCCCGCCCCCGCUCCUGCGCUCCCCGCCCCGCCCCGCCCCGCCCCCGCCCCCGCCCCUGCCCCUGCUCCUGCCCCGGCCGCGAAUCCCCUUUCCGAAACCUUAUCCUCGAUUCGCCGCAACAUCCGCCGCGCGGAGGCGGCGGGCGCUGCGGGGCGGCCCGAUCCGGCAGCGCCGGCCUCGGCUCCCGCCCGGGCCCCGUCUGGGGAACGCGGUGCCGCCUCGGGGGACCCCUCGUCUGGGCUGAACCGGGUCGGUGGCCGUAUUCCUAACGGCCAUGGGGACGACUGGGCGGCUGAGAAGGCUGAGAAAGCACGGAAGCGCAGGGCGAGGAGUGAGCUGCGGCGCCGGCUGGCAGGGGAGCUCGACCAGGUCCGCGUGCUCUCCAAGCGGCUGAAGGAGGCUGCUGAGGCCCUGGUGCAGCGGGAGGCUUCUGAGCCCGCGCCUUUGCCCUUGAUGGUGCUGCCAACACAGCAACAGGUGGUGGAUGCUGGGUAUGUGCAGCCACAGUUCUCAGCUGGUGAUAUGGCGGUGCCCAUGUCUGCUCAGAUUGCAGCUGCCGUUACUCCUGGCCGCACGCUGCUGCAGCGCAGACCACUAACCGUGUCGGUUAUUCAUAAUGAAGCCUUUGAGAAGGAGAAACGGACGCCAAAGGCCAAUCAAUUGUACCAAAAUUCGGAGUUCUUGCUUGCCAAGGAUAGGAUUCCUCCCUCAGAUUCACAUGGGCGCAAGAAAUCUAAGCACCACAAGAAGAAGCAUAGGUACCUAGAAUCUCGUGGCGCAGACUUUGAUGCCGAGCGGCGGCUCUACUCUCAUGCGUUCAAGAAGUCCUCAUCACUUCUGAGCCGCUUAAUGAAGCACAAGUUUGGGUGGGUGUUCAACAAGCCUGUUGAUCCAGUUGCACUUGGUUUGCAUGAUUAUUUUACUAUUAUCAAGCACCCAAUGGAUCUUGGCACGAUAAGGGGACGGCUCAGCCAUGGGCAGUACAGGAACCCGAAGGAGUUUGCUGAGGAUGUCCGGCUCACUUUCCAUAAUGCUAUGACAUAUAAUCCCAAGGGUCAGGAUGUGCAUUUCAUGGCGGAGCAGUUGUCAGGAAUCUUUGAGGCACAGUGGCCUGAGAUUGAGGCUGAGGUUAACUACCUCGCAUCGUGUCCUCCAUUGCCGAAGAAGUUUCCACCUCCACCAAUUGACCUGCGCUUCCUAGAGAGGUCAGAUUCGAUGAGACACCACAUGGCAUUGGACACCAAUUCAAGACCAAUCAGUCAUACUCCCACUUAUACCCGUACUCCAUCAAUGAAGAAACCAAGGGCAAAGGAUCCAAAUAAGAGGGACAUGACAAUAGAUGAGAAACGUAAGCUUAGUGAGAACCUCCAGAAUUUGCCGCCAGAGAAGCUUGAUGCUGUUGUGCAAGUCAUUAAGAACAAGAACCUAUCAGUUAUGCAGCAUGAUGAUGAGAUUGAGGUUGAAAUUGAUAGCAUGGAUGCUGAGACACUUUGGGAGCUUGACAGGUUUGUGGCCAACUAUAAGAAGAACCUGAGCAAGCAAAAGAGAAAGGCCGAGCGAGCGAUGCUUGCCAGACAAGAUGCAGAGUUGCGUGCGCAGCACCCUAUACAACCACCGCAACCAACACCAGUCCCCCAAGAACCUGUUGGUGAAAAAUCUCCAAAGCAAGUUGCGAAAGAUUCGCUGGCAGGUGAGCAACUACCAACGUCUGCACCAGAGCAAAAUGAUGAGAAUAGACAGAAUGCGAGUAGUUCAAGCAAUUCAAGCAGCUCCAGCAGUGACUCAGGAUCAUCUUCUAGCGACUCAGACAGUGAUAGCUCCUCUUCAGAUGGAUCUGAUGCUGGCAAUUCAUCUUGA